UGCGAGGACAUCGUGGUGGAGAGCAUCUCUCUGGACACGGUGGUGCCCAUCCUGAAGUGGAGCUCGCAGCCCUACGGCUCAAAGUGGGUCCACCGGCAGGCCAUGCACUUCCUGUGUGAGGAGUUCAGCCAGGUCAUGACCUCUGACGUGCUCUACGAACUGGGCAAGGAACACCUGGUGGCUGCCAUCCAGUCAGACUAUCUGCAGGUGAGAGGCAGGCAGAUGCAUGCACCCACACAUGCAUACGUGUGCAUUCAUAUGCACUCACUCACUCACUUAAUCACUCACUCACUCACUUAAUCACUCACUCACGCACAGACACACACACCCAGACUCAUUACUAUUUUUUAUACCUAGAAUAUGUAUGUUUAUUGAUGUAAAAUAGAAAAUAACUUAUACUUAUCAAACGUACUAUACCAUUCUUAUCUUAUUUUAUAUUAUUUUACUACUACUUCUAAAAAUCCAUCCUAACUCUCCUUUAAAAUUCCACCUUGCGCAUCAGCUCCAUGUGAUUGUGGACAGACAGCGUUUCUCCUGCUCAGGCAAUUGUUACUUGUUGUAAUGGAAGCUGGCCGUAGAUGAGGUGUGAGACUUUACAGGUCACAAUUCCAGAUCUCUGAGAGAUUCGGGAGGACCUGACCUAAAUUCACACAUAACACCAGUUCUAUAUGUACCUAAAUACAUUCUAAACUUUCGGGGCCCAUACUUACGAACUUGCUGAAAGCUACGGUUGAAACGUUUUCUCGAACACAUUCUGCAUCAGCCAAUUAAAAACGUUGACGUAGUUGGACGUGAUAGAAUACUUUUUCAUGAAAUAAAUAAAACGCCACGAUCUGCUAAAACACGUGUAACUGCACAACUUGACAAAUAGCUCACAGUGUAGCGAGCCUAGCUUCUGGUCAUUUUCGCGGCAAGGGUUCAAAUUCCAGAUUAGAUAAAUGUUUUAUUUGUAUUUUUUUUAUGUUGUUUUCAGUUGCCUAAAGUAAAACUUACAGAAUUUACCCAUUAGAACUGUGAAACGCUUGAUUCGCCGACAUUGGAUUUACAUGAGGGUAUCGACAGCCAAUCCAGUACAGGCUGGAAGCUAUAUAGCGCCUUGAUUGGUCAAUUGUGCCGCGAUAUCGCUGAGCACUGGCAUAAAAUUGAGCUUUUCCCUACUUAAGGCCGGCCCUGUUCACGUUCUGUUUGCUGAGCUCCUCUCUCUCGCCUUACUACACCCUUAGUGGAAAUUAUUUCUUAGAAAAAUACACAGAAGCAUUGCUAGUGUUGCAAAAUUCCAAUAACUUUUAAAAAAUUACCAGGUUUUCCAGAAAUCCCAGGUUGGAGAAUUACUGGAUUUCCUGCUUAUUACCUCCUGAUUCUGGGAAUCUUCCAACUGGGAAUUUCUGAAAUCUUGGGAAAGUUACGGGAAUUUUGCAACACUAAGCAUUGCUCUGUGAUUCUAAAUGUCCCUGUUUGUUGUUACCUGAAGCAUUUGCUCAUGUCCACCAUUUGCACAGACAAUUGACUCCAGCCAUUCCAAAUGUAAAUGGUAUAACUUAACAGGCAACAGAAAUAAGACAUCACCGAUAACUAAGGAACUCGGGAGAUAUUCAGCCAACAAAGGAAUUAUACUAAGGGAAAAUGGUAGCGUCAUAUAAGCAAUCCAAUUGGCAAUAAAUACAAAGGCUAGGAAGUUAGCAUCAAACAAUCUCCAAACACAUGAAAAGGCACUUUAACUCAGGCAUGCACAACACAAUGAAAAGGAAAGGAAAUGGGCUGCUCUAUGCCACCAUAAACACUGAACAACACUGGAUAGGGUGUCCACCCACUCUGGUGAUGAAAUUUCACUUAUGUUAUACAUUUUACCAAGACAAAUGAUUCAUGUUCUAAAUCGUUCAGUGGAGUCUUUCUCGAAAAUACUGUAUUAACAUUAUAUCCAAAAAGUCGGAUUUUGUAACCUAAUAUAUCCGAUUAAAAAAAUUAAUUGUUUUAUUGUCACAUACACUGGAUAGAAUCACCCCCGAGCUCUGUUGACAGAGCUGCGCCGCUUUCUCGCAGCGACUUUUGAGAAUGUUAUAUGUUGUGGUGGUCCUUUCCAAAGUUGUUUCCACGGAUCGCAAAAAGCUAAAUUAACAUGACACGAGCUGAAUUAAAUGUAAAAGCCUUUGAAAAGAAAAGGCUUGUGGUACGCUCAGGGCUCAGUUGGCAUUUCAGAGAUUUGCUUGUUUUUCUGAGAAGUCUUCAGAAAUAUAACAGGAAUUUCGCAUUAAUAAGAAAAGCAUAUACUAAAAUAUGAAAUUACUACAUAUCAUGUCUCAAAAUCGAUAUCCAUCUUACCUCUGUUAUUUUAUGUCCUCCGGAAAUGAGAACAAAGCUUAUUUUAAUUUUAUUACCACUUUUUUUCACUGGCCUCCAUUGAUUUACAGUGGAGGAAAAAAGUAUUUAUUCAGCCACCAAUUGUCCAAGUUCUCCCACUUAAAAAGAUGAGAGAAGCAUGUAAUGUUCAUCAUAGGUACACGUCAACUAUGACAGACAAAAUGAGAAAAUCACAUUGUAGGAUUUGUAAUGAAUUUAUUUGCAAAUUAUGGUGGAAAAUAAGUAUUUGGUCAAUAACAAAAGUUUCUCAAUACUUUGUUGGCAAUGACACAGGUCAAACGUUUUCUGAAAGUCUUCACAAGGUUUUCACACACUGUUGCUGGUAUUUUGGCCCAUUCCUCCAUGCAAACAUCCUCUAGAGCAGUGAUGUUUUGGGGCUGUCGCUGUGCAACACGGACUUUCAACUCCCUCCAAAGAUUUUCUUUGGGGUUGAGAUCUGGAGACUGGCUAGGCCACUCCAGGACCUUGAAAUGCUUCUUACGAAGCCACUCCUUCGUUGCCCGGGCGGUGUGUUUGGGAUCAUUGUCAUGCUGAAAGACCCAGCCACGUUUCAUCUUCAAUGCCCUUGCUGAUGGAAGGAGGUUUUCACUCAAAAUCUCACGAUACAUGGCCCCAUUCAUUCUUUCCUUUACACGGAUCAGUCAUCCUGGUCCCUUUGCAGAAAAACAGCCCCAAAGCAUGAUGUUUCCACCCCCAUGCUUCACAGUAGGUAUGGUGUUCUUUGGAUGCAACUCAGCAUUCUUUGUCCUCCAAACACGACGAGUUGAGUUUUUACCAAAAGGUUAUAUUUUGGUUUCAUCUGACCAUAAGACAUUCUCCCAAUCCUCUUCUGGAUCAUCCAAAUGCACUCUAGCAAACUUCAGACGGGCCUGGACAUGUACUGGCUUAAACAGGGGGACACGUCUGGCACUGCAGGAUUUGAGUCCCUGGCGGCGUAGUGUGUUACUGAUGGUAGGCUUUGUUACUUUGGUCCCAGCUCUCUGCAGGUCAUUCACUAGGUCCCCCCGUCUGGUUCUGGGAUUUUUGCUCACCGUUCUUGUGAUCAUUUUGACCCCACGGGGUGAGAUCUUGCGUGGAGCCCCAGAUCGAGGGAGAUUAUCAGUGGUCUUGUAUGUCUUCCAUUUCCUAAUAAUUGCUCCAACAGUUGAUUUCUUCAAACCAAGCUGCUUACCUAUUGCAGAUUCAGUCUUCCCAGCCUGGUGCAGGUCUACAAUUUUGUUUCUGGUGUCCUUUGACAGCUCUUUGGUCUUGGCCAUAGUGGAGUUUGGAGUGUGACUGUUUGAGGUUGUGGACAGGUGUCUUUUAUACUGAUAACAAGUUCAAACAGGUGCCAUUAAUACAGGUAACGAGUGGAGGAGCCUCUUAAAGAAGUUGUUACAGGUCUGUGAGAGCCAGAAAUCUUGCUUGUUUGUAGGUGACCAAAUACUUAUUUUCCACCAUAAUUUGCAAAUAAAUUCAUUAAAAAUCCUACAAUGUGAUUUUCUGGAAAAAUAAUUCUCAAUUUGUCUGUCAUAGUUGACGUGUACCUAUGAUGAAAAUUACAGGCCUCUCUCAUCUUUUUAAGUGGGAGAACUUGCACAAUUGUUGGCUGACUAAAUACUUUUUUCCCCACUGUAGUUACCCUAAUCUUAGCCAUCCUACUGGGUAAAAACUCCAGUAAUCUUUGAACGGAAUAUGAUAGAGAUAUGAGGUUUGGACCAUUGGUUUUCUUAUAGGAGUAUCUACACAAUUAACCAUUAACAUUUUACCCAUUGGUCAGAAGACGCAUUUUUGAUUGGCACCCUACCACUGGAGUGAGAAGCUGCUGAUAAUAUAGAGCCAUUUAUUUUGUUUACAAGCAAACGCCACAUUCGAGCGAUACGCGCGCAUCCUUGCACCAAAAAGCUCUGUUGCAGGAUAGGUAACGCUGAUGUCGUGACCUUGAGAAACUUAAGUGAAUGAGUGAUGUACAUGAAAACACUCAAGACUGAUGGCUAUAGCCAUGUUCAACAAGUAUGUUAUUCUUUAUCUAGCUCUGUUUGUAAUAUUUUACCUUGCCUUGCUGGCUUGCUAACUUGCUAGGUAAUCAUUUUCUGACAUCUGUGAUGUUGUAGACCAGGGGUGUCAAACUCAUUUUAGCUCAGGGGCCACAUGGAGGAAAAUCUAUUCCCAAGUGGGCCGGACCGGAAAAAUCAUGGUAUAUAUAACUUAAAAACAACAACUUCAGAUUGUUUUCUUUGUUUUAAUACGAUCAACAUACAACAUAAAGCUGGAGCCUGAGGACAGUGUGUCCAAAAUAGUACAAGCACAACAUCACUAUUAAUCAUAAAACACGUCAAGUUUAUUUGAAAAUUCUAAAGAAAAAGAACACACAAACACACAAUGCCUCAGUGAUUAACAGAACUGUUUCACAGAUCACAGAACUAUAUCAGGGUGUCAUUUCUCAGGCAGAAAUGUAGAUAAAAAUAAUGAAAUCCUGUUCCCCAAACAAGUGCAAGAACCACAGAGUCAAGAAUAGGUUAAAUAUACAAAUAAAAUAAAAACAAUAGCACAUCAACAUAAAAACAUAUAAACAUAAAGCUGGAGCCUGAGGACAGUGUCCAAAAGCACAACAUCACUAUUAAUCAUAAAACACCUCAAGUUAUUUGAAAGUUCUGAGGACAAAGAACACACAAACACACAAUGCCUCAGUGAUUCACAGAAGUAUAUCACAGAACUAUAUCAGGGUGUCAUUUCUCAGGCAGAAAUGUAGAUACAAAUAAUGAAAUCCUGUUCCCCAAACAAGUGCAAGAACCACAGAGUCAAGAAUAGGUUAAAUAUACAAAUAAAAUAAAAUCAAUUAAAAACAAUAGCACAUCAACAUAAAAACAUAUAAACAUAAAUCUGAAAGCGUUGCUCAAACUCCCGUAACAGUCCCGUUAUUUUAUCUUUGAACCGCUUCAUGUCUGCCACAUGUUGGGUCGCGCACACAUUUUUCAGACAGGGGAAGUGAGCUGCAUCACCACCGGCAAGUUGCGUCUCCCACAAUGACAGCUUCAACUUGAAAGAACGUAUGCUGUCAUAAUACUGCGUGACAACUUUGUUGCGCCCUUGCAGCUGUUUGUUCAAGUUAUUCAGGUGCUCUGUAACAUCCACCAUAAAUGCAAGGUCCUGCAUCCAUUCUGCGGAAUGAAAUUCUAACACUGGUUUGCCCUUUUCUUCCAUGAACUGUUCAAUUUCUUCUCGUAAAUCAAAGAAACGCCUCAGCACAGCACCUCGGCUUAACCAUCUUACCUCAGUGUGGUAUGGCAGGCCAUAGAUGUGGUCUUUCUCUCUGAGAAGGCUGUCAAACUGACGGUGAUUCAGGCUUCUGGAUCGGAUGAAAUUAACAGUUUGGAUGACCACCUUCAUGACGUUAUACAUCUUUAAUGACUUGCAACACAAAGCCUCCUGGUGCAAAAUACAGUGAAAAGUCAAAAAAUCACGUCCUCCAUUUGCAGAUUGCACUUUCUCUCUGAACUUUGUCACAACGCCUGCUUUUUUCCCGAUCAUUGAGGGCGCACCAUCUGUAGCCAGGCUGACAGCGCGGGACCAGUCCACUCCAACCCUGUCCAGCGCGCCGACGAGUGCGGUAAAAAUAUCAGCUGCUGUCGUUGUAUCCGUCAUCGGCACCAACUCCACGAACUCCUCGGUGACGGUCAAUGUGUCAUCAACUCCGCGGAUGAAAAUGGCCAGUUGUGCAACAUCUGUAAUGUCCGUGCUUUCAUCAAUUGCAACCGAAAACGCAAUAAAUGACUUUACUUUUUGCUUCAACUGGCUGUCCAAAUCCACUGAAAGAUCGGAAAUCCUGUCUGCAACUGUGUUUCUUGUCAGGCUGAUAUUUGCAAAAGCCUGCCGCUUUUCAGGGCACACAAUCUCCACUGCCUUCAUCAUGCAUGUUUUUACAAAUUCACCCUCACUAAAUGGUUUUGAAGCCACUGCGAUUUCAUUAGCAAUGAGGUAGCUAGCUUUCACUGCAGCGUCACUGAUGUCUCGGCUGUGAGUAAACACAGACUGCUGUUUCUUCAGACCCGCCAACAGUUCAUUCACCUUCUCUCAUCUCCGCUGUCCUUGAAAGUAGUCAUAUUUGUCGGCAUGAAGACUCACAUAGUGGCGACGAAUGUUAUAUUCUUUCAGCACUGCAACAUGCUCUGAACACACCAAACAUACAGCUUUCCCAUUCAAUUCCGUGAAUAAAUAGGAUGACAAUUUUUCUUGGAACACUCUGCACUCUGCGUCCACUUUUCUCUUUUUUGACAGAGACAUAUUGGGGCAAUGAGGGUGCCAAAGCACAUAAUGUUAAAAGUAGAAGCCGCAAUAAAUAUUGCGGGCAAAACAAAGUAGCUCAUUGGCUGCACGUGCUUGACCUACUUGCUCUGCCCCGGUAUAAACAGUUUGCUUGCUUAACACAAUUGCUAUUGCGCCAUCCAGUGGACGCAAUUGGAACAGCAGUUUAUUUUAUUGAAAAAUUGCAGCGCAUUUUUAUACUUUACAAAAAAAAUAUAUAUAUAUUUAUUAUUAUUUUUUUUUUUUUUUAUCAUCUCGCGGGCCGGAUUAAACCCGUUUGCGGGCCUGAUCCGGCCCGCGGGCCGGACGUUUGACACCCCUGUUGUAGACAAUAACCAUUUGAUUACGCGUUAACUUGUACAAGCUGCAUUUGAAGUCGGAUUAUACUGUAUCCACUCCCAUGUAAACAAAUAUUUUUCUGAUUCAAACUGCUUUCUGAUUCAAACUUUUCAUGACAAGGCCGGGAAAUGGGUCUAUAGAUGAAGGGGGUGGAAUGGUCAUCAUCAGAGAGGAGACCGGUAUGGCGACUUGGCAGGAGAGGGGGUGUGCCCAGAGGGUAAUUAGGGAGUUGGUGGAAUUGGCAUGAUCCUUCAGAACACUCUCGCUUCCUCCCUUCCACCUCCCCCUUUCUCUCCUCUCCCUCUCUCGAUCUCUUAUUAGUGCCAGUGUAUCAUGAUUGAGCUUGUGUCUGUGGUGACCAUUACAUUCUGUACUAUACUGUUGGUGUUUAGGCCUUAACGAGUACCUGACGGGCUUCUGCUUCGUUGCUGCGAAACUGAUAUGCAUUUGAGCUCUUUGGAAAUAGACUGGAUAUGAGGGGGGAUUUGCUUGUAUGAGUUGAUGAUGAUAGAUGAUAUUAGGACUGGUUAGUGGUUGUGUGCUGUUAGACAAGGCUGUUUUAUGAGGGAUCUUUGUGGUAUAGAAAUAGGCUAACUGUUUGAAGACUGGUUUAUGAGGACCUUGGACGGCAUUUCAUUCUUCUAAACGCACACAAGCAGAGUGCCAAGUAACCGCAAUGCAACACAUUUCCACACUGUUUUUAAUCUGCAGUUUUAAUCACCACCUUCACAGACAAGGGAAGUUUUGAGAUGUAGGCUAGCCUACAGAAAGCUCUGCAGGUAGUGCCUGGGGGCGUUUAGAGGAUAAUGUCAUGUCACCCUUGGAAGACUAGGCUGUUCGUGUGAAGAAGAUUAAGCUGGGGUGUAUUUAUUAUUGCACAACUGACCGUUGCAAACCUUAACAAAGCACUUUUCAACAAAAAUUAGAGUUUCUAUUGGACAAAUUAGGGUACGUCCCUCCCGAUUUUGUUCCGUUUGGUUCCUAGUGAAUACACCCCAGGCUGCGUAGGGACCUGCCAGGCCUCGGAGCAGCAGCCUUGACUGGUGCUGGGAGAGCUUCCAGCAUCUAACAUCCCCAAAUUCCCAGCCAAACGGUCAAUGAUGAGCAGUGUCCGCCACAGGUGUCCCUGGCUCCGUGUUACAUUCAAACACAUACACACAUGCAGGAGAAGAAUCCUCAAGGAUACACGAAGACACAGACACACAGAGGUAUGCGUACGCGGAGAGACGCACUCGGGAAAGCACAUAUAGUAAGGCAUUACACAUUUUCAGAGACAUGCACGCAUAUAGGCUAGCUUACACUUUAAUUCUCUCACUUUCACACAUUACAAAAAAACAUGCAUAAGUUCGUAGUACAUAAAUAAACAUGCGCACACACUCUCGCACACACGGUGCAUGCCCACGCACAGCAAUGGUUUGGACAAUUAUCUGCCUGGAGGUCAAAGCCAUGGCAUCAAAGACAAACCGUUUGCCCUCUGUCACCCACAUCAAAGCUGAAACACUUCACUCAAAGCAACAGACACGGGCAGAUCAUUUAAUUCCCAAAGAGGAUUUAGAACAAACACAGAGAGCUCACAUCCUGGUAACUUUCCUGGUCCACAACGAGAGGCAGACUGACUCUCAUUCAUUUUCUACAGAUCCAAAACACAUGACAUUACAGGGAGACUUCAAGCAGACAAGUCUUAUAGUGGGUCAUCUUCCUGAACUAAGAAAAGUGUGUUUUCGUUGCAAAACGUUAUGGUACGAUGUGAAUACACGCGUCAUCUCCCAUGGCUUCUAAUUAUUGUCUCGGUUCACAGGCUAGCGAGCAGGACAUCCUCAAGUAUCUCAUCAAGUGGGGAGAGCACCAGCUCAUCAAGAGGAUGGCUGACCGAGGUGAGAUACCCAUUCCUCCCUCCCUUCCUCCCUCUCUACAUAGUGCACUACUUUUGACUAGAGCCUUGUGGGCCCUGGUCAAAUGUAGUGUACUACAUAGGGUGCCAUUUGGGACACAGUCACAGUCAGAUGAGAGUUUGGCCCAAUCGGAGAACAGGGAUGCCAUGCUCACUCCUUCUCUACACCUUCAUUUGUCGUUCAAGAUGAACAGUCUAUUUUGGGUGCAGCUAGGUAUUUUGUUGGGAAGAUUCUUCAAUGGAAAUUGGAAAACCAUAGCUCUUUCCGAAAGGGGGGGUUCUUUUGGCGCGUAAAAACCAGUUACUCCAGAUACACGAAAAAUACAGCAGGCCCGAACUCAAAAAGUAGUUUGAAGGAGCUUAUGUCAUUUUCCAGUGUCUUAAAAUACUUUGUUUGUACAGAGGGAUGGAUCAUACACAUGUUUUGGCUAAGAGCCCUCUUCAGAGUGUAUGAUUAAUCCCUUGUGCAGAUAAAAGAAAAAGUAAGAUUUUGAUUGUGAACCUUUUUGUGAAGAAGAAUGUGUGUGUAUGAAAAUAUAUACCUUACUGCAGGAGUAAGCAACUCGAUUUAGCCGAGGGCCGGUACAUAAUUAUAAUCGUUUUUACACAGCAAAUUGACCACAAGUAAGACCAAAUAGAUUAGGCGGCAUUUUCCUGUGGCAAAAACGGCUGCGCUGUGAACUAAUGCACUGCAACGUUCUAAAUAACGGGAGCUCCCGAUUGCAUUGCGUGUGUGCCUUACUGUGUGUGUGAUCCAUCCUCAGAGCCCAACCUCCUAAGUGGCACGGCCCACAGCGUGAACAAGCGGGGGGUGAAGAGGAGAGACCUGGACCUGGAGGAGCUCAAGGAGAUCCUGUCCCCUCUACUGCCCUUCGUCCGCACCGAACAUAUACUGCCCCCCCACAGCGAGGUCCUCUACGACACAGUGAGUGUGUGUGUGUGUGUCCGCACCGAACACAUACUGCCCCCCCACAGCGAGGUCCUCUACGACACAGUGAGUGUGUGUGUGUGUGUCCGCACCGAACACAUACUGCCCCCCCACAGCGAGGUCCUCUACGACACAGUGAGUGUGUGUGUGUGUGUGUCCGCACCGAACACAUACUGCCCCCCCACAGCGAGGUCCUCUACGACACAGUGAGUGUGUGUGUGUGUGUCCGCACCGAACACAUACUGCCCCCCCACAGCGAGGUCCUCUACGACACAGUGAGUGUGUGUGUGUGUGUCCGCACCGAACACAUACUGCCCCCCCACAGCGAGGUCCUCUACGACACAGUGAGUGUGUGUGUGUGUGUGUGUGUCCGCACCGAACACAUACUGCCCCCCCACAGCGAGGUCCUCUACGACACAGUGAGUGUGUGUGUGUGAAAGAGAGUGUGUGUGUGUGUCCGCACCGAACACAUACUGCCCCCCCACAGCGAGGUCCUCUACGACACAGUGAGUGUGUGUGUGUGAAAGAGAGUGUGUGUGUGUCCGCACCGAACACAUACUGCCUCCCCCCAACAGCGAGGUCCUCUCCGACAUGGUGUAAUGUCUUGAUUCUCUGUGGUCAUCCCAUGGCACUUAUCGCAAGAGUUGGGGUGUCCUGGCUUAAUUCCUAAUCUGGCAUACUCUCCUGGCCACCUAAUCAUCCCCAGCUUUCAGCUGGUUCAUUCAUUCCCUUAAUUCUCCCUGCAACUCUUCCCCAGGUCGUUGCUGUAAAGAGAAUGGCCCCAUAGGGCUCUGGUCACUAUAUAGGGAAGAGGGUGCCAUUUGGGACACAGUCAAUGUGUUCUCAAUCAACGUACCUGGUAAAAUACGGGUUAAUAAAUAAAUAAAUCAUGUUUUCCCAGGCAAACAUAGUCAUCCUUCAUAUGCAGGGGCAGACGGAAUCUGUGGGGAAUUUGUUUUUUUUACCAACGUUUUCGUUGUAGUCCUUUUGGUUUCGUAGAUCAAAUGUUAUGCACUAUAUACUGUAAGUGUCUUGCUGCAGUAUUUUUGUUGCCAAUCUGUUUUCGGUCUGUGAAGCCAGCAGGAUCAGUCUGGCUGUAGUGUAUGUUGCAUUCCUCCAUUUAACAUGCCCCUCUCCUUUACACUUUCCUGCUCUCUUUCCCUUCUCACUUUCCUGCUCUCUUUCCCUUCUCACUCUCCCUCGUUUCCCCACACCUCCUCUCUCUUUCUGCCUCUCCUCUCUCACUCUUUUUUCGCUCUCUUCUCUUCUCUCUCCUUUCCUUUCCCUUCCCACUCCACCCCCUCCCAGAUGAAGAGGGGUCUGAUCAGCACCCCUCCCUCAGACAUGCUGCCAACGGCGGAGGGUGGAAAGGCCAACUCUUGGCUGAGGCAAAAGAGUGCCGGCAUCUACGUGCGACCCCGCCUCUUCUCGCCCUACGUGGAGGAGGCCAAGGUUGGGACAACACCACACAACAGAACCACUACGUGCACACACACACACACACACACACACUGUUUGUACAUCACAACAUUACCAAUGGUGGGCAUCAUCACAUCUAAGAUACAAGGGGUGAAUUGAAAUUACCCAUGCUAUUGUCCAUUAUUGGCUAUGAGGAUUCAUUACAAUUCACCUUCGGAAUUGACUGAAUUGAAAACUGAAUUGACCCCAACCCUUUGUUUCUCUCUCACUCACUCACUCACUCACUCACCCUCACACACACACUCUAACCCCCCUGUUGUUGUGCUGUUUGUCAGUCUGUGCUAGAUGAGAUAAUGGUGGAGCAGACGGACCUGGUGCGGCUGCGCAUGGUCCGCAUGUCCAACGUGCCCGACACCCUUUACAUGGUGAACAAUGCUGUGCCACAGUGCUGUCACAUGAUCAACCACCAGCAAAUCGGUGGCAGCCAGACGACCCCACCCUCAGUGGUGGCCAAUGAGAUACCAGGUGGGUGGAGCAGCAAAGCUAGCUUUCUUCCAGCUUUCCAAAAUGAAAAUGGUCAAAACGAUGCUGUAGAUUUUUUGUCAUUUUGUAGCUCUUAUCUAGAGUGUCUUACAGUCAGUUCUUCCUGAAAAGAUACAAAUGCAAUUGUAACAAGGAAGAAAUGGUGUUGAGCAAGCGGCUAUGACAAACAUAACUUCACUGAAUAAACCCGCCCCUACCAAUUUGCAGUCUUCCUACAAACUCCAAUGGUCCACAGAAGGAUGUAGGAGAUCUCAUGAAAAUGUGGUGCAGGUCAAUGUUGACCCUUAAGUACUGAUCUAAAGUCUGUUUCUGAGUUUUAUUCCGUAACGUUUCAGUGUAGGUUUGUGAAUGAUGAACGGAAGCUGAACCUGUGCUUAAGGCGCAACUUCUACCCGUAGGCAAACAAUAAGUUAGGACUCUGUUAUGGCUAUUCCUCUUCCAUACAAGAAAAGAGAGAGACUUCCCCUCCUCCAUCUAUCCUCAUCCUUCCGACAAGUGAUGAACCUCUUUGUUUUCUUAUCUCAAUGCCGAUCCACUCAGUACCCAACGAAGAGGUGGCUAUGCAUUGCAUACAUUGUUAACCUCGACCAAACUGCCCUGACAGGGCCUCAAGUUCUCAGUUAGCUCUUGAUUUUAUGAUUUGAUGGGUUUGGAAAGGCAAACCUUUGCUCUUGGCUGUGUCCUAAAUGGCACCCUAUUCCCUUUUAAUAGUGCACUAAUUUUGACCAGAGCCAAUAGAGCAUUUUAUUAUAAGCACUGUGCUGUUUAAUUCAUGGUUAUAUUCUAUAUUCUAUUAUCUCAGACGAACAGUAGUUAUUAGCAUUAUUGGCAGAGAUGGGGCGACCUGCGAGAUGACCCUUUCUCUCUUUCGGUCUCCCACACGCUCUCCAUCCCUCUCAUCAUCCCGCCCUCUCUUUUUCUCCUACAGUUUUCUCUCAUACCAUAGAGAGAUGACACACUCUUUCCCGCCUCCAUCCCUUUAUCUAUCUGCUUUUCUUUUGUCUGCCCUACCUUUCUUUUUAGUGUGCUCCCCUUGGCCCUCCACCAUUGGCCCUGCUUUCUCCUCUCCUACUCGUUCUCCCUACUGACUUUCUCUCUCACCCCCAUCCAGUUCAAUAACAACGUUACUAAUUCCCUCAGGAAUGGCUAACCCUACAAAUAGCACUGUUGGGAGAUUUGGAAAGCCAUAGUCAAUCAAUCAACAAUAUAAUAAUACUCUUGGUAAAAAUAUUGAUCUUGAACUUACAAUCUGUAGAUACUACGUGAUAAGAAAGGUUCAGAAUUUAUGUGAAACAUCACAGUACAUUUGAAAAAUAUAUGGCACUUGGAAAUCAUAAGGGGGUGGUUUACGGAGAUAAGUGGGAUGGGCUGAGAGUAGCUGAGGGGUUGGAUUAAAAGCUCAUGAUCUGUAAUAGUUAUGACUGAAAACACUAUAUAUAAUAUAUAUUGGAUAUGUUUUAAGUACUAUCUAUCCAGAUGUCGUGUAUAUCAAAUAACUAUAUAUUUGCUGUGUAACGGAACUACUGUGUAAAAAAAAGUGCCAUGUAUGUAAAAUGAGUAGAAUGUAACUUGUCCUCCGAAGACUGGAUGGGCCAAUAAAGAAGAAAAUAAAUUCCCUCAGGGACCAUUUGAAAAGGCUACAUAUGAUCCUGCACACACAAUACACGCAAUAUUUACCAUUAUGUCAUGAUUUUAUGUUGCAGGGUGGUCCCCAGCAUGUAAAAGACUAAUUUUGUUAUUUAUGUUUUUAUUUCUAUAAAGAUUUGAACCUAUGCCAACACUGUAGACAUGUGCAGGAGGCAGUGGCAUUACUGCUAGACCAACCAGGCCACUCAGUUAUGCCACUCUCUUUCUCUCAGUUCCCAGGCUGGCGGUGGUGAAGGAGAUGAUCCGGAGGCUGCAGGACCUGCGUCACACGGACCAGGUACAGCGGGCGUACGCCCUAAACUGCGGCGAGGGUGCCACGGUGAGCUAUGAGCUGCAGAUCCGCGUGCUCCGCGAGUUCGGCCUGCCGGACGCCGCCGCAGAGCUAUUGCAGGUGAGAUGCCAAUCAAUCUUUUUUUUAAUUCGAUUUUUUUAUGUUUUGUUGAACUUUGUAAAGCUGUAGGGUGGCACAAAAGAGCACAGAUCAGUGUAUAAAAAUUAUAAUCUUCUGCAUAAUUAAGUGUUUUACUUUUCCUCAAAGAUAUGUGUUGUAAGGCAAAUAUUAUUUCACCCGAAUUUUGUAAUCUGCAUGAUGCAGGUGAUUUGUACUCCCGAGUGGCGCAGUGGUCUAAGGCACUGCAUUGCAGUGCUAGCUGUGCCACUAGAGAUCCUGGUUCGAAUCCAGUCUCUGUCGUAGCCGGCCGCGACCGGGAGACCCAUGGGGCGGUGCACAAUUGGCCCAGCGUCGUCCAGGGUAGGGGAGGGAAUGGCCGGCAGGGAUGCAGCUCAGUUGGUAGAGCAUGGCGUUUGCAACGCCAGGGUUGUGGGUUCGUUUCCCACGGGGGGCCAGUAUGAAAAAAAUAUAUAAAAUGUAUGCACUCACUAAAUGUAAGUUGCUCUGGAUAAGAGCGUCUGCUAAAUGACUAAAAUGUAAUGCACGUGAUCAAUCGUCAGUUGCCGUAUUUGGAGCUCGCAUAGGAUAAUGUGCCUACUGCCAUCUAUUUUAAAUAUUAUGGUUAUUUUGCUCAAUGCCAUGUCCUCGUGCAAUAUUUCGCCCAUAGUGUGAAAAUGAUAUGAUAGCAAAAGGAUUCUCAACUACUUCAUCCGUCUACAGAAGUGCCUGUGGCCAUCCACAAAAAGAGAUGCUUUGUACCCGACUCCCUUUUGGGUAUAUUGUGGUAUAUUCUAAGCAUAUUACUAAUGCUUCAAUAUCCGACUUAUACAUGGUUUUACUGACAUAAAUGAUCACCCUCUUUGAAAGCAUUGAACUAGAAUUUAUAGAAAUAGGAUUGAUUGAACAGUCCAAAAAGUGAGUAUACUAAACAUUAGGAACACCUUCCUAAUAUUGAGUUGCACCCCCCCACCUCCCCCCCAGAACAGCCUCAAUUCGUAGGGGCAUUACAUUUACAUUUACAUUUAAGUCAUUUAGCAGACACUCUUAUCCAGAGCGACUUACAGUUAGUGAAUACAUUUUUUUUUUUAUACUGGCCCCCCGUGGGAAUUGAACCCACAACCCUGGCGUUGCAAACGCCAUUGCUCUAUCAACUGAGCUACAUCCCUGCCGGCCAUUCCCUCCCCUACCCUGGACGACGCUGGGCCGAUUGUGCGCCGCCCAUGAGUCUCCCGGUCGCGGCCGGCUGCGACAGAGCCUGGAUUCGAACCAGGAUCUCUAGUGGCACAGUUAGCACUGCGAUGCAGUGCCUUAGACCACUGCGCCACUCAGGAGCAACAUGGGCAUGGACUCUACAAGGUGUCGAAAGCCUUCCACAGGGAUGCUGGCCCAUGUUGACUCCAAAGCUUCCACAGUUGUGUCAAGUUGGCUGGAUGUCCUUUGGGUGGUGGACCAUUCUUGAUACACAUGGGAAACUAGAGAGUGAAAAACCCAGCAGCGUUGCAGUUCUUGACACACUCAAACCGGUGCGCCUGGCACCUACUACUACUAUACCCCGUUCAAAGGCACUUAAAUAUUUUGUCUUGCCCAUUCACCCUCUGAAUGGCACACAUACACAAUCCAUGUCUCAAUUGUCUCAAGGCUAUAAAAAUCCUUCUUUAACCUGUCUCCUCCCCUUCAUCCACAUUGAUUGAAGUCGACUUAACAAUGGACAUCAAUAAGGGAUCAUAGCUUUCACCUGAUCAGUCUUUCAUGGAAAGAGCAGGUGUUCUAAUGUUUUGUACACUCAGUGUAUGUCAAACAAUAUGUAAGAAAUAUAUAUAUCAAUAUCUAAUGUCUAGGCAGUAAUGGAUCGGUUAACAACCUAAAGGAUACGGUGAAGAGAUUGUUUUCAUGCAGUGUUGCUUUUAGUAUGGCUGUGUUUUCCCUUUAAUGCGCUGAAAGCCUCUGUCACCAGCGUGCCACUUUAAUGACAAACGUCUCAAGAAUUCUGGCUGGAGCACACCAGGCAUUUUGUCCCCCCCAUUACAUUUUAUUUAGCUUUCCAUUGAGUGGUGACUGGGCCAAAGUUAACUCAAAUGUUGAACUGAGAGCAGAGGAAAUAAUGAACGAUUUUUUGACUUCCCACGGUUAGAAUAUGACUCGGUUUCAAAUGGGGCGGCAGGUAGCUUAGUGGUUAAGAGCAUUGUGCCAGUAACUGAAAGGUCGCUGGUUCUAAUCCCCGAGCCGACUAGGUGAAAAAUCUGUUGAUGUGCCCUUGAGCAAGGCACUUAACCCUAAUUGCUCAUGUAAGUCGCUCUGGAUAAGAGCGUCUGCUAAAUGACAAAAGAAAAUGGCUGUUCCUCCACCAUUUUCGACUAAUUUGUUGUGUGCUGUGCUCCAUCCCUCACAGAACCCUCACAAGUUCUUCCCGGAGGAGCGCUUUGGCGACGAGAGCCCCGUCCUAGCGCUGCGCCAGCCGUUGGGUGGCAGCCGUGGUGGAGGGCGUUGCCGGGUCAACAGCAGCCCAGUGGUGGAGAGCAUGUUCACCGACCUGGAGGCCAUGGCGGGCUUCCACCCGCCGCUGCCACCUCCCCCACCGCCUUACCACCCACCGGCCACACCCACUCACAAUGCCCAGCUCAAAGCCAGUGGAUGGAGGCCUGGCCGUGCCCCCAGCCAGCCGCCGUCACGCUCCUUCUCCUACCCCUGCAACCACAGCCUGCUCCACCACACAGCGAGCUCCUCCUCCAAGCACGGCAGCCCCGCCUACCCACCGGCUGCCAAGCCCCUGCCGCCGGACUGCACCAAUCCCCAGGGAGGGGGGGUACGCACUCCGCAUCAGGAUAAACAAGGGGUAAGUAGAGGUCUACAGGACUUCAGAGCUGUAGUGUUCCCCUGAGAUAGUGGUAAUGACGGGGCCUACGUGGAUAGUGAGAAUAAAGAGCUGGAAUUGGGUGGGAAUGUUGGAAUGCCAUUUUGAUCCAGGGGAGUGUCCUGAGCUGUGUUGAAAUGUAGGUGGCAACAAUGUGUAAAGGGAAGAGAGGAAAGUGGGGCCUGGUUGCUAUUGUCUUAAGGUUUGCUUGUUUGUUCCUGCAGAACGUGGUGCCGGUCAUCAACGAGUUCAUGCCGGACAUUGCCAUGGGCGUGUCGGCCAUGACCCUGAAGGAGCGCCGCCUGCCCGAGGUCACCAUGGAGGUGGAGCCUCACGACCCCCACCCUCACCCUUCCACGGCUCCUCCCGCUGUGCCCCACUGCCACCUGGGCCUGAGCCGCCACGGUCCGCACGCCUCACGUAAGAGGCACGCUGCCGAGCCCAAGCCCGAGGCCCAGGCGUCGGAGUAUCCUGACUUGUAUGAGUUUCCCGGGCGCCACGUGACCUCCUUCGCCGGGCCGGACCUCUACAGUCACAAUCGAGUUCCUACGGGAGGGGGCCCAGUCCCUCCACAGUACUCCCCCGACGAACAGCAGCCAAACCCCUGCCGCGGCCCAGUCGGCACCCCACUCCGCCUGGAUGUUCUGGAGCAACCCCCCCAGAGACUAGAUCUGGCUCUGGCCAUACAGAGCGGAGGAGGAGUGCAAGCAGCCGGGGCAUCACACAACCCGAGAGGACGCGCCCGAACUGAAACAGACCUUACUUGCGGACUGGGACAGGCGCGGCACGCGGAACCUUACUCCGAGGAGGUGGUGGGGGCCAGGGACCGCAGGUCGCCCAACAAACCUGAGUACCCUUACAGGAAGUCUGCACUCUGACCCUCCGCAACCAAGACUGUCAGAGGCCUCGGGUUAGCUAAAAUCAUAUAGACAGACUGGAAAAGGCAAGAGCGCUAAAGGACGGUUUGCUCUAGGGGGAUUUGGGGUUGACGGCUUAGUGGUUGGCAGUGUCUCCGGUGACGGAGUGGUCAUACUCAUGCUCAGUUCAGGGCAAAGGCACUAAGCACACAUAGUAGUCCCC